GUGGAAAUUAUCUUAUCUCUACGCAGUCUAGACUUGACGCAAGUGAUUUUCCUGCUGGUUAUGUAGGGGUAUUGCAGUUUGGGACGCAAAUGCGUCCAAGCCUUUGGUGAACUGUGCAUUAGCUUUAUGAAUAAUUUGUUAGGAAUUAUCAAUUAAAGGUGUGAGGAAUUAAUUGCCAGACGCAACAUGUUUUGAAUUAACAAAAGGAUGCAAUGUUCUAUAUCACAGCCAUCAUUCAACCGCAUCCUGCCACAAGUGACCGAGGCGAUACUACACGUAUUGUCCAGGAGAUACAUUAGUUUCCCAUUUACAGCCGACAAACAAGCGCGCGUCAAAGCCGAGUUUGUGCGCUCAUUUAAUUUCCCAAGGGUCAUAGGUGCAGUUGACUGCACGCAUAUUGCCUUACGUGCACCGACUAUAGAUGGACAUGAAUAUGUUAACAGGAAGAAUUUCCAUUAAUUAAAUAUUCAGAUCAUCUGUGAUGAGUAUGCAACUUCUCAAUAUAUGCUCCAAGUGGCCAGGGUCUACGCACGACUAAUUCAUUCUGUGCCACAGCAGAGUAGGCCUGCAUCUAGAAGCUGGUGAGAGUGGAGGCGAGUGGCUUCUCGGUGAGGUCUUUUCUUUUCAGUGUAUAAUAGCCUAUUAACCGUGCAAAAUAAUGUAACACAACGGUUUUACCCUAUUAGGUGACAGGGCUCUCUACUGAAAACGUGGCUUCUCACUCCCUUUGCCGAUCCCUGAACAGCAGAGGAAAUGCGCUACAACUUGACGCACUGCAGAACAAGGCCGGUUGUGGACCGCAUCAUCGGACUGCUGAAGGGCAGGUGGCUUUGCCUUGAUGCAUCAGGUGGAAAACUCCUCUACAAGCCAGAAAAGGUGAGAGGCAUAAUACUGGCAUAUGAUGUGCGCCACAACAUAGCCCUGAGGCAUGGUAUUAGAAUGGACCCCCAAGAGCCUCCUAACCUACCACCCAAUGGAGCACCUGCCCCACCUGAUGCAGUGAGAAGGAGGUGGCAGCUCAUGCAGAGAUUGGUGGACUGAGGCAGUCAACACGCGAACUGUAGACGUGGACGCAGACAUGGAUGCACCCUCGACACUGGUGGCCAAACAUUCCCCCUCACUCCUGG